CCUGCCUCUGGGUUCCAGCCUGAUGUCUCCUUCCCGCCUCAUUAGUUCUCAAAUGGAAAUAACCUGAGGAGAAAAGCAGCAGAGGGGGGUGUUUUAUUCCAUGAUCAGCCGAGGGAACACUGAGGAAGGAGGGGGACGGGGACUAGGCCGUCCCGGGGGAGGGAUCUAGACCAGGCCAGGCCGCAGACUCCUUUUCCCGCCGGGCCACGUCCCGGGGUUGCUGUAUUCCCCCGCGGGCCACCAGGUGGCUGGAGCGGGUCACAAACCGGGCUGGACAAGGCCAGGAGAGCCGGGGCCACCUCCAAGCAGGGCGAGUCCCAGCCUAUGGGGACGCCAGGCUAGGACGCGGGCCACUGAGGCUCCUAAAUCGCCGUGGCUAACAGUCCGGGAACGAUGGCCACAGGCCUCGCAUCUGCAGCUCGCAGCGCCGUGGUGGCACCGAGCCGCGCUGGGAAGCUCCUUCCUCUGAAGGAAGGCUGAAGGGUGAGAACAGCACUGGCAGUUUCCAGCUGCCACCACUCAGAGCUCUUCUUUAGUCAAGAGUGAAAUAAAACAAUAAAAUAGAACUGAGAUCCGUCACCUUUCAAGGACCCAGAAGUAGGGUUUUGGCCUAGGUAACGGGGCAGAGAUGUGGUUCGAGAUACUCCCCGGACUCGCCGCCAUGGGCGUGUGCUUGCUUAUUCCAGGACUGUCUACUGCGUACAUCCACAAGUUCACUAACAGCGGCAAGGAAAAAAGGGUUGCUCAUGUUUUGUAUCCAUGGAAUUUGAUGGAAAGAGAUAGGCGCAUCUCUGGAGUUGAUCUUUAUUAUAAGUCAAAGGGUUUGGAGAACAUUGAUUAAAGAAGCAUUUUCGUGAAUGAUGAAAAAAUAACUCAGUUAUGGUCAUCUACCCCUGCUAGAAGAUUAUACAGUAUAUUAUGUAGCAUGCAGUGUGUUAUGUAGUGCUUAAUAAAAAUAAAAUGAAAAAAAAAAAAGGCAAAA